AUGGCUGAAACGACCGUAUCUCCGGGGUCUCACCCCGUAACGAUGCCGCUUCGCCAGGCGUCUGGGGUCAGUACAGGGAGCGAUCAAGCUGUGCCAACAUCUGAUCCGAAAGACACUUCGGAGCUUCUAGCAGAGCGUCUACAGGCUUGGAAACAUGCCGUAGGCUAUCUCGAGGACUAUGUAUCUGCUACGGAAAAGGUGGAGAAGGCCCAUGCUAAGGAGUACGAGAAGGUGUUGAAGUCGAUCCAAAACCCACUGAGAGAAGGGCACCAUUUCGAUCAGAAUCUUGGAGGUGUGGCGAAUCUGUUUGAGAAUAUGAGACAGAAUACUCAGGGUUUGGCAAAUACCCACCUCGAAACCGAAAAGAACCUCAAGGGCUCGGUCCUGCCCAUCCUCGAGCGAUUGCAUAAGGAAAUUAAGAACAAGGCGAAAGAGCUGGCUUCUGGUGCCGCCAAAUCUGCGAAGGAGGUUGAGAAGGCGCGAAAUUCCACACAGAAGCACAUUGAGAUGCUCGGGCAGCAUACCGCAAGUUUCGAGUCCACUGGCGGGAAGAUGCACGCAGAGCAGGAUCCAUAUGUCAUCCGUCGAGGUGUCCUCCACAGGCUUUCGCAGCAGGUAAUGUUCGAGAACAACCACCGGCAUGAUGUUAUCUCGGUGCAGAACAACUUCGCCCAAUUCGAGGCGCAUAUCCUCGAAGUCAUCCAGCAGGCAUUGAUGUCCUUUAACCAAUUCGUCACCGGCCAAGCACAACGACAGCAGGAGCUUUAUUCUGACAUGCUUGCGUCGGCUGUCAGUAUCCCUCCGGAUUUUGAGUGGACUCGAUUUUCCGGACGGAACAGCCAUAUUCUCAUCGAUCCUUCAUCGCCAGACCGCACUGUCGAAGGAACCUCUUUCGCCAACCAAGAGCACAAGAGCACCAAAGCAGUGAUUGAAGGUACUCUUGAAAGAAAGUCGCGAAAUAAGCUCAGUUUCUCUGGUUACUCGACUGGAUAUUACGUCGUGACCCCCUCGAAAUUCCUCCAUGAAUUCAAGGACAAUGAUAAUCUGCGACACGACGCUACCCCGGAACUUACUAUCUUUCUCCCAGACGCAACAAUCGGCACUCCGAGCGGCGAGAAAUUCAACGUGAAGGGCAAGGACGUCAGCAAAGGCAUUGGAAGCAAGCUAUCCGGGUCUUCCGAAGUCCAAUUCAAGGCCCAUACAGCCGCGGACGCCCAAAACUGGUUUGAUGUUAUCAGAUCCGUGGUUGGUUCUGCGCCGUCUGGAUCUUACAGUGGAAGCACCCCUACAUCUCCCAUCUCCCCGGUUGACACGAAGACUCCCGCUCCACUGCAAACCCAGUUGUCAGGGGUGACUACUGGGCAGACUAUUGCAUCUCCAGCCACCGCGACCCCUGUGAGUGCUGUUGGCAAAACUGCAACAGCUCCAGUUGGUGCCGAAAAGCCAAUUGGUGAGGGGAAGGUCUAG